AUAAAAAAAGAGAGAGAGAAGAUUAAGAAGAGUAAAACUAUGUCAAAGUGUAACAUCCUAAUCUUCGCAGCCCUUUUACUCAGCUUCAUGAUGACUGCUUCGGUAGCCCGUCCAGACAGGACUCUCCAAAGCAAAGAUACAGGGACAGAGAAGAAUUGUGAAACGAAUGACUGUUUGAUGAAAUCGACGUUGGAUGCUCAUCUUGACUACAUCUAUACCCAAUCACCUCCUCGGAAACUGAAUACAGUUAAAGAAACAGAAACACUAUGUGAAACAGAGGAAUGUUUGAUGGAAACAACGUCAAAUGCUCACCUGGAUUACAUUUACACUCAGAAGUCUCCUCCGAAACCUAAAGCCAAUCCAUAAUUAAUAUAUUCAACCUGUGUCCCAUCGUGUUCUGUUGUGAUCUCUGUCUUUCUAUACUACCAAUAAGAACUUAAUCAACAAAAAAACUUAAUAUUGUUUCUUUUGAUCAAAAACUUAAUAUUGUUAUUAUUUACUAUUAUCAAAACUUAGCCGACA